CGAUGACGUCAUCUCCCAUGCGGUAAACACUGGGAGGGAAAUUGAACCGCGCAUGCGUGCUAGGAAACCGGAAAUCGCGUUUCCCGAGGAUACGGUCAACAAUCUGGCAUUUUUCCGCCGUCGCCACCAAAUGUCACUAUUGACAAUAACGACGUAACGUUUUUCGAGGUUGUUUUUGGUUCCUUCCUUUAUUUAUUUAUUUAUUUAUUUGGUUCCUUCCAACGUCAUCGUCACCGUUUAUUGUGAGGAGUAACGAUGACGUCAUCUCCCAUGCUGUAAACAUUGGGAGGGAACAUGAACCGCGCAUGCGUGCUAGGAAACGGAAAACAGCGUCUCCCUAGGUUACGGUCAACAAUCUGGCAUUUUCCGCCGUCAUUAUUGACAAUAACGACGUAACAUUUGUCGAGGUUGAGCAUCUUUGUCCGUCUUCGUAGACACACCGAUACGUACCGCGACACUUAAUGGCGACUCACCCGAGCGACUUUGGGCGCCGCGGAGCUUACUGGUUGCCGCUAGCACGACGGAGCUAACAUGCUAACGGCAAGGAGCUAACAUGCUAACAUGCUAAUCAUUUCCCGGGGCCGAAAAGCUUCUUUAUGUUCGCAGAGAUGACCAACCAAUUGUUCGAGACUCUGGCGUUCACAAAAAGUCCCAAAACGACGAAAAGGACAACAUUCCAAGAUGAACUCCAAAGUGCUUUGUCUGCCAGAGCCAGGAAGACCUCAUCACUGUUGUGCCCGCAGGACUUUGAGGAUGGUGACGAUUUCAUGAGCCUGCUCAAAUCAAGAAGAAACCGGUCCGAUGCGUUCAAGGCCGCAAAGAGCAGCAGCAAAAUCAACGACUUUGAGUUCUCGGACGACGAGGACAAACAAGGGAGCAAAAAGAGAACAUCUUUCCUGAAAUCCAAAGGAAGUCCAUCUCUGGAUGAAGCUCAACAGGAGACGACAGACAGCUGCAAGUUGUCCAGUGAAGACGACUCGCGGCCUAACGACCAGACACUCGGCGACCAUCAUCGGCCUACGAGAAACAACUCCUCCGUGUCCCUGUCGUACCAGUCGGAUGACGUACGUCUGGACUCGCCUUUCCGCAGCAAAGAAUCUCCCGCUCUCAUCCGGCCCGAAAGCAGAAUGGAUAACAGCGGAGACACAAUCUACCGGGAAACUUCCUCGGACGCCGACUUUAAAAGCGUGAGUUUCGGCACGGAGAAGGAGACGCCCACGCCCAAGCCAAGACAAAGGACUGUGGGAUUGAGCCUGCACGCCACACAGAUAACUGCUGACGCUGCAGAAUGUCUACUGGCUAUGAGUAGACCUCCAACUUCUCCUCUCCUUGAGCAGGAUGCAUGCAUCGACAUUGCUGAUGCUGCUUCUCCUGAACAAUUGGCAACCGUAAGGAGCUGCAGUCCACAUUUGAGUGACGACGGUGUCGGUGGCAGAGGUGCGGAUUCACGCGCUUCAAAUGGCAUCACCUCAGCUGACACCACAGAGCGUCAAUCGGCAUAUUUUGCUUCACUAGAAGCGUUUAAUCAGGAGUCAGCAGAUCCCUCCAUUACUCCUGUUCAAGUCAAAGCGUCUGAUACCAGGGCAUCCAGUUCUCAGUCUAAGAGAGUCACAAGUGUGGGCUCCAAGAAGGUGGAGUCAAAGUAUUUAGGAACGCUCAAAGUUUUGGAUUCUAAAGAUUUACGAGAUAGUCAACACCAAGACGCAGAUUACCUCAGGGCCGCCGUAUACCAGGAUUGGCUGAAAAAGAAAAAGGAACUGACCGUGGAGAGCACAAACAGAGAGAAGAUUCUGAAAGAGCAAAAGAAAAAGGAAGAAGAGGAGAAGAGGAAAGACGCCGCCGCGUCGUACGAGGCCUGGAAAAAAAAGAAAGACGAGAUUUUUAAAGCCAAAGCAAAGAAAGAGAAGAAUAAGAUGAGGAAGGAGCAAAGAGUGGUGCAAGAAGUGGAGGAAAAAAGGAAAACGGCUGAACAGGUGUUUGAUCAGUGGAAGCGCGACCAUGAUAAAAUACUGCGAGACAAGUGGCGAAAGCAAAGAGAGGCUGAGAAGAAACACACGCUGAAGAAGAAGGAGGAAGAGGAUGAAAGGAAGAGAGGCAGCCAGUCUGCUUUUUCUACCUGGUGCGAGGAGAAGUACGACGCCCUGCAGAAAAAAGCCUCCACGGCGCGCGUGGAAACCAGGUACGCGUCGGAGGAGCACCGAUACGUCCGGGAGGAGAAGGACAAAAUGGCUAUGGAGAUGUUCGAACAAUGGCUGGCCAAGAAGGAUGUGCAGCAGAAGCGACAGAGGGAAGAGAGGCGAGUACAAGUCAUACUGCGGGACAGCCCUCCUCCACCAUGGAGCCCCCCGAAUAACACCAUUCAGUUUAGGAAGUAAACCUUUCCUACUUUCCUGCUUCACAUCGCUGACUUUUGUCCAGUUCUCACCUAAAAUACUUUUGACUGGUAUCGAGUCCGCUCUGCCUUUGUCAGCUGGGAUAGGCUCCAGUAUUUAAACCGUAAAAUUGAAUGAACAUAUUCUGACGUUUCAAGAGUCAAAUGUAUGAUUUAUUAUUAUUAUUCAUGCUUCAUAUGUGUUUGUACAUAGGUGAUUUUCAUGACAAUGUUGUGAUAAAAGUAGCAUGUUUUAAAAAUGUUUAUAUUUAAAUUCAGUGACAAAUUCCAAAAAUUCCCAGAUUUCCCAGAAUUCCGGGACAUUUUUUCCCCAUUCAAAAUGAAUUGGCCAUUUUUCAAACUUCCACCAUUUCCACAUAUUUCAACCUGUUCAAACCAUUUCACCUUCAACACAUUCCACCAUCCUGGACAUUCAAACUACCGUUUUUCCAAGUUCAAAAAAAAUUCCAAGAUUUUCCAGAAUUCCUGGUUUUCCAAAGCCCUAUUUCCACCAUCUUGUCUUGCGACUCUCCUCCCACAUUUUUCAACCAACUUCAACCGUUCCACCGUCAAAACAUUUUUCUUAAUUAGGACAAAAAACGAAAUUGUUUUUUGAACUGCAAAAAUUCCCAGUUUUCCCGAAAUUCCAGGAAUUCCUUAAUACCAUUUCUCAAUUCAACAUAGAUAGAUAGUACUUUAUUGAUUCCUUCAGGAGAGUUCCCUCAGGAAAAUUUAAAUUCCAGCAGCAGUGUACAGAAUUGAGAUCGAAUUUAAAAAGUAAAUAAUAAAUAAUGAUAAUAAAUAAUUCCCAAAUUCCCAUGAAAUUACCAUUGAAAUUACCAUUGAAAUCAAUAGGACAUUCUUCGAAGUACCACAACUCCCACAUUUUUCAUUUGAUUCAAACUGUUCCUACUGCAACAUAGCAAACAAAGCCUGUUUGGAAAUUGUGUGCUGUACUUCAACAAUUCUAAAAAAUAUUCCAGGAUUUCCCAUAAUUCCCUUUUCUUUUUCUUUUUUCUCAUUUUCCCCAUUCAAAAUGAAUUGGCCAUUUUUCAAACUUCCACCAUUUCCACAUAUUUCAACCUGUUCAAACCAUUCCACCUUCAACACAUUCCACUAUCCUGGACAUUCAAACUACCCUUUUUCCAAGUUAAAAAAAAAAAAUUCCAGGAUUUUACAGAAUUCCUGGUUUUCCAAGCCCUAUUUUCACCCUUUUUUCUGGCGACUACUCCUCCCACAUUUUUCAGCCCACUUCAACCGUUCCACCGUCAAAACAUUCCUCUUAAUUAGGACAAAAAACAAAGUUGUUUUUUGAACUGCAACAAUUCCCAGUUUUCACGAAAUUCCAGGAAUUCCCUAAUACCAUUUCUCAAUUCAACUUAGAUAGAUAGUACUUUAUUGAUCCCUUCAUGAGAGUUCCCUCAGGAAAAAUACAAUUCAAGCAGCAGUGUACAGAAUUGAGAUCGAAUUUAAAAAGUAAAAAUGGAAUAAUAAAUAAUGGGGGUACACUGUAUGUUAUUGUUUUGCACGUUACUACAUCAACAUUCCUCAACCAAUUAAAAAAAAUUCCAACACUAACCAUUUGAACUUAUUCAGAACAAUUCAAGAAAAUUUGCGCUUUUACCGAAAUUCCCAAAUUUCCAUGAAAUUCCCAUUGAAAUCAAUGGGACAUUCUUCGAAGUUCUACAACUCCCACAUUUUUCAUUUGAUUCAAACUGUUCCAACUUGAAAAUAUUCAGCCUGUUUGGGAAUCGUGUGCUCUACUUCAACAAUUCUAAAAAAAAAUUCCAGGAUUUCCCAUAAUUCCCUUUUUUUUUUUCAUUUUCCCCAUUCAAAAUGAAUAGUCCAUUUUUCAAACUUCCACAAUUCCCACAUUCUUCAAGCCAUUCAAACCAUUCCAACUCUAAAUUAUUCAGCCUGUUCAAAAUGGUGUGCUCUCUUUCAAGAAUUUAACACAUUUCCCGGAUUUCCAAGAAUUCCCAGUUUUGCAUGUUUUAAAAUGUUUUUUAUUUAACUUCAAGCAUCUGAAAUUCCGGCGAAAAUCCAAGUUAUCCAAUUAUUUUCCUGUCAAAAUAUCCUUUAAAAA